UGAAGCAGUUAUAAAUUUAAAUUUUAUUACUCCUACUAUGCAAGGGUUUGACACCACUGAUAUUUUAUUGCACAUAUACAUCAGGACCUCUUAAAAGAAAGUCAGCAACUGCUCCUCUCAUUAACCUUUGAUUUGGUUCCUCCUCAAGCUCUUUCAUUUAUUCAGUCGUUGCUUCUUCCUCUAAAUUACUUUGUUACCGAUUUCUCAUUACUAUGGCACUCUGUAUAAAAGGAGCAGUAAGCAGUCCGGUGCACAAAGUAUCCCUGCGUUCGGGUUCGGAAAGGGCUGCACCCAAAGAGCGUGAUGUAGGCAGCCUACUGUGAUGCAAGCGCCAAUGGCUGAUUCCACGACUCGAACCCUGUGAUCUAUAAGUCACACGAAUACAUCUUUACCAUUGCUCUAAGGCUCUUUUUUUUUUUUACUGCAGCACUAUGUAUAGUAGUCCUAAUUUCAAUAACACAAUUACUUUAAUUAACCAACUUUUUCUACAACAAAGAAUUUAUGUGGUUGCUUCAGAGUAUUUAAUGUGUUUGAUUGUUAAAAUUUAAUAAGUAAUGAAAGUAGACCCAGGGCUUAGUUCAAGUGCAAAAUGUUGAGGUACCGUUUAAGCUUCCUAUUAAGUGCAGAUGGGUAGAGGGGCAGACCCAUUGUUCCUGAGUUUUAAAGACUCCUAUUGGUCCUAAGAGUUGGCCCCAAAUGGAUUUCUCGGUCAUCAGUUUUUUGUUUUUGUCAUGCUUAAUUCUUCUAGAUCAUAUUUAAGUAUUUUCAAGCUUAUGCCUUAACAUUUGUACCUUUUGAAUUGAAUUAGUUUGUCCCAUGCAGAAGGCUGUUUACCCCUUUUAAAACAGAAAAACAGAUGAACAUCUGAUGAAGAAGGAUGGAUGAAAUUUGCAUCUAUAUUGCUUACAAUGGCAGAUGGACUACUAAUAACAAGUAUUUGGAUCAUGACACCAAACUAAUUCUUGUAAAUGAUGAAAUAACCUUUGAAGUUCUUGUUGAAAAGAUUUUUCAGGUUCUAAAACUGAAAAGGGGUGACAUUGAAGUAAAUAUUUGGUUUGAUACGAAGCUAGAAACAAGCAAAGGAAUGUUAGUAACAAACGACAAUGAAGUUACUACUUGCAUCUUCUUGGUGAAAAAUAAUUCCAGUUUCAAGACUGCCCGUUUCAUUGUCGAUAUCGUGAAAAGGAAUUCUUUGUCAGCAAACAGUUCAGAAACGGAAUUGUGCAAUAACAUCGUACAUGAAGAAGUAAAUAUUUGUAUUUCACAAGAGGAAGGAGUAUGGGAAAUGCAUAUUGGAGAUAAAGCAUUGAUAGUGGUUGAACCAGCAAUGGCACCUGAACCUCUGACGAGUAGAAAAUUAACUGAGGAAACUGGACAGACAUCAAAUGGUAGGAAUGUAAGAAAAAGGUCGGCCAGUAAAAGAGGCGAUUUGCGAACUAUGGUUUUGAACAAAGAUGCUUCAUUGGAUGAAAUAAUUGUUGGAUCUAUGUUUGAGGACAAAGAAAGUUUGAAAAAAUGUUUUUCAAAUCAUGCAAUUAAGUACCAGUUCAAUUUUAAGGUCUAUAAAUCGAGCAAAACAAGGUAUUGUCUAAAGUGUUAUGAUGACGAAUGCAGUUGGUAUUUGCAUUCUGCACAGGUCCAUGAUUCUGCAUUAUUCAAGAUUACUAAGUUUGAGAAAAACCAUAGUUGCUCUGUUGAUGUAACUGACCAUCGACACGCAACAUCAAAGGUCAUAUCCGAUUACAUCACCGAGCUACUACAUGACACUAAAAUAGAAAUCAAACCAAGGUUUGUGGUAGAAGAAAUGAGAAAGAGAUAUGGACUGAGCAUUAGUUACCACAAAGCAUGGCGUGCUAUACAAUUAGCUCAUGGUAUGCCAAGCGGAAGUCCAGUUCAAUUUUAGGGUCUAACAAAAGUGUAGCACACUAUGUGUUGUUCUCCAAUUUGGACACUACCUACUCGAGAUUUAACCUCUCUACAAAGGGAAGUGUGAACCAGUUGCAGAUAUAGAGCCCGUUGGUGAGCUGAAUUUGAGCACUUCUUAAGUGGUGCAGUGUAUUCAAAGGCGCACUUAAAGCGCGCUUAAGCUCUGAAGCGAGGCUCAAAACAUGUUGAGCACUUCGCCUCGCUUAGCAGGCACUUCAGUCUCGUCGUCAAGCUUUAAGGCAUACUUUUCCUAGCCAAUGAGCGUAAUCCUGAAGAGGCGAUACUAAACAAAUGAUAUUUCACUUUAUCGUAAUUCUUUUUCAAUUUUCUUUGUUCAUAUAUUUGUUAUUCACACUUAUAAUUAUUAG